GCAAGACGAAUUGGUCUACGUUCUACCUGCUACACACGAAAUGGAAUUUGCUGAGCCCAAACAACCUGCAAAUGCUUAUCUUUGGCGAGGACGGAGAUGGGCUUUGUCAAGACUGAGCGGCUUGAGUGGGAGACACCAGAGGAUGUUGCCUUAUUUGACAAGUUCAUGCGAGAUGUGGAGUACAACCCAGAGGAGGUCAAGAGAAGUGCAGCACGGCGUCCCGUGGCGUCGCAGUCCAAAAUUGUCGAAAGCAAGUUUUGGUCAGGUACAAUUGUCAGAAGACCGAGACAGAGGUCACCAACACAGCCACAGCCUAAGAAGGUCAAGAGGAGCGGACCAACACUGGAAGGGCAACAAGCUAAUGACAUGCAACUAGUUGUGGCUGCAAAAUCUGAUUCGCAUGGUUAUGAUUACAACCCCUUGCCCAUGGGAAGGAAUCCAACAGCCUGCGGCAGUGAAUCUGAACCUGCAAAACCCCACCCUCGCAUUGCCUGUAAAAUGAAGGAUCAUCAGCUAGAGGGCUUUGAGUUCUUGUGGCGAAACCUGGUUGUUGGUAUUCCCCAAGUCAACCCUUGUGAGUGCCAACCUAAGCAUCAGUUCCAUGAGGGAGAUGCAGAUGCAAAGCCUUGUUGCUGUGGGCACUUUUGUGCACCAGAUGUGCAGAGGGAAAGCAUGCAGUGCCGUGACCCCUCGUCUGAGCAGCAUGAGAGCCAGGUGGGAAUAACAAUGCCAGAAGCAGCUGCUGCAGAGGGCAGAAGUUCCAUUCCUGUAGAAGGAGAACAUGCCCAGGUGAAACGGUGUAGAGAUCCACUCGUGGAAGGGAGGCGUCUUGUGUGUUUGGAUGGAGGAGGAGGACGAGGUGCAACAGGAGAAGAUGAGGUCCAGGAUGGAUUGAAGACAGAAAACGUAAUUGUCAAUCAGGAAGGUGAGUGUCGCAGCUGCAGUUGCAGCACCAUGGGUGUACGAGGGCAGAACCACAACUGCAGGAAUGGAUGCAGGAGGAAGCAGCUUAAUAGCCUCAUUAGUCAUUCAGCCCAACCUGAAGUGGGUGGAUGCAUCCUGGCACAUGCUCCUGGGUCAGGGAAAACCCUCCAAGCCAUCAGCUUUAUUGAGCAGUUUUUCACGCGGAAAGUCACCAAGACUGACAGCUCGCGUGUGGUGGUAAUAGUCCCCAAGAAUGUGCUAGUCAGCUGGAAGCAGGAGUUCAAGAAAUGGCUGCCUGAAGGGCACCCUCUUCUGGAAAAGAUUUAUCUUGUCAGUGGGGAGUCACCCUUACAUGCGAAGAGGAAAGAUGAGAUGAAUGGGAAGGAUGGGGCCAAUGGGAAGGAUGAAACAAAUGGCAUAGAUGGAGCUAAGGGCGCAUCAGAGUCAUUGAAGAGGAAACGAGGGAGGCCGAGGAAAGAGGAAUAUAACACGGGGGUGAUCAUGACAAAUGUAAGAAACAAUGGGAACGUUUGUAGUGCGAGAGAGCAAGCACACAACAGUGAGGGAAGAACAGGAUUUCCUACAAAACCUAUGGAGAAGUAUGGGCGCCCAAGGAACUACAAAGUCAGUGUAGUGGUGGCUAGAAAGGCCGUGGUUAUCAGAAAGGCUGGCGGAAAUGAUGACUCUGACGUGUCGUGCCUUAGAAGAAAAGAGGGUGCUAUAUCUGGUGACCACAAAGGGAGUGCGCACAAUAAUGGGCCUGUCAGGAAGCGUGGGCGCCCUAUGAAAGACAAAGUCAAGGAAGGGAGCCUUGUAAGGAGAAUGGAUGGGAUUGAGGAGGGCAGGUCUCAGCAGCCCAAACAGGAUCCGAAUUUGGAGCAAGUUUGGAUUCACUGUGAGGAGGCUCUUGCCGAAUCAAGGAAAAAUGAGGAAAAACCAGGUAAAGGCGACUUGUUAUGCCGUGGAAAAGAAAAGGUCGCUGCACCACGUGAGCACAAAGCCAGGGUGUACAGUAACAGGGCCAUGCGGAAGCGUGGGCGCCCCAGGAAACACAAUCCCAAGGAAGAGGGCCUGGCAAGUGGAAUCGAUCGGAUUGAGGAGAGCAGGUCACGGCAGCCCACAGCGGACGACAGUCUAGGCUUAUGCGGUCUUCGUGAUAAAGCUCCUGCAGAAUUGGUGACAUAUGAGAAUGAGAUUGAGAAGUGGUACCAUGAGGGCGGGGUGCUCAUUAUUACCCCAGAGAAGUGGACUUCCUCCACGGUCAAUAAGAAACCCACUGCCGACGGCGAGAAAGUUGCUUCUAUGCUUUUGCAUGGCCCACAUGUCGUUUUUGUCGAUGAAGGCCAUCGUGCCCGAAAUGACACCACAGGACUCAGCAAAAGCCUCCAGAGUCUGCGGACACCUCGAAAGGUAUUAUUGACUGGAACACCUUUUAAUAACAACAUGGGGGAAUUCACAAAUCAGCUGUACCUGGUGCGCCCGUCAAUGGUGGGGCGUAUUUUGGCAAAAUGGCAGGCUGGCUGCAGUUGGGCAACAGACGUGCCUAUGCCUAAUGUGAAGGAGAGAGCUGCAAAUGUUGCAUCUGCAAAGCAUCCAGCAACGCAGCAAUGCACGCCACCAGUUUCUGACUCCCCAAGCCUCCCAACACCUUUGCCUUGUAAUUGGGAAGCGAGUGAUGCAGGUGAAAAUCAGGCAAUGCUACCACUUUCGCAUUCAGCAGGUGCUGAAAGACGGGAAGAACAGAACUUGCGCGUCUGUUUGCUCAGAACAGAUGAUGACAACAUGGGUGGUAAAGGGAUCCCCCCGGGAGUAGUGGAGGUGGACAAUCGUGCACUUGUUCCUGUAGAUCCUCAGCAUGUUGGGAGUCAUUCCGCCGCUGCCAAGGUUGAAGCGAUUCAAGGCUAUGAUGUACGAGUCCUUGUGCAGGACGACGAUGGUAAUGACCGUGGAGAGAUGCUCCUUGGCAACAAUUGGCCUUGGAAGGAGAUCCCUUCCCAAACAUUGGAGAGGAGUGGCCAUGCACUAGCCCUUGUUGAGUAUGAGCAUGCUGGAGGGGUUGUUGAUGCCAUCCUUCCCAAAAAUGGUCUAGCGGAGGCAGUGUUGCCUAUUCUGCAGGAGGAGAUGGGCCUCGGCAACCACGGUGUUGGUAAUGACAUCCUGGCAAGGGCACAGAAUAGGGGUUGCUAUGCACUAGCCCUUGCCGGUUCCCAUUCCGUUGGAAGCCAUUCUGGUUCUACCAUUGCUAAAAUAGAUCAAGAGUGCAAAGAACUUCCUCCUUUGCUGAAGGAUAGGGAGGGCGGGGGAGAGAUGGUCCCAGUGAGCAAGGGACGGAAUGGCUCCUAUGCUUGCGAUUCAGGGACAGUCGCCGGAGUCCAGGUUGGUAUAGAAAAUGCCGACAAGGGUGAGAAUUCUGCACUCGUCCUUUUCAAGCCUCGGCAAGCAGGAAAUGACAACGUUGCCAAUAAUUCUGGAGCUGUCCAAGAUAAUGAACUUGGUACUGACAUGAAUGUCCUAAGCAAGGAAACAAGUUCAGGUACUUGCAAUCUUCUCAAGGAUUCGCCACCUGUGGAACCCCAACGCCGAAAUGCCUCUGCUACUGAAAGAUCUGGUAGCCAAAGACGGAUUAUUGUGGAAGAAGACGAUGAAGAUGAGGAAACCACAUCCUCACCAAAUAACAAUGAGGCUGAGAUACCACUGGAAAAGUAUAAUGAUGAGACCUCGAGCCCAGCAAAAGACAGAGAUGUUAACAAUGCGAGCCCGGCAAGGAUGGGGAACGAAGAGUUUCAGUUCCCCGCUAGAGACAGGGAUCCUGAGAAAGGAAAGUCAGGAAGAAGAGGGAAUGGGCAGGUUUGCGCCAUACCUGACACGUUUUGGAAACAGAUGGAGAGGAUUAUUGAGGGUGAUCGACAGGAUGACGAGUGGCAAGGAGUGGUUGAUGACAUUGCACGGCUGAAGGAGUUGAUUAAGCCGUUUGUUUACUUCUGUAAGAUCUCAGAGGGACUACCCCCUCUCCAUGAGGUCGCUCUCAUGGUGAAGCUAACGGAUGAACAGAAGGACCAGAUGAAUGAGGCAAAGAAAAAUUGCCUCAACACCAACACCAAGGGAAUGUGUGGGAAAGGCGAGGAAAACCUGGAGUCCAGGAUCUCGAUUCACGCCAAAGGGACCGAGGACGACGCUGAAGAUGACAACAGUAUUACAGAAAAGAGCCGGAAGCUUGCAGUCCUGUUCGAGCUCAUCAAAUUUUGUGAGGGGACAAAGGAGAGGAUUCUCGUCUUUCUUGAUUGGCGUAUAGAAGGCCGAUUACUUGAAAUGUUCAGCAAGUACAGCCUGACAGAAAAAUGGGCAGUUGAUAAGGAAAUCCUGGUGAUCCACGGUGAAACUGCUUCCGACAAGCGGCAUCAGCUAGCCGACCACUUAAAUGAUAUGUCCUCUUACGCAAAGAUCAUGUUCCUCAUGGUGCAAGCCGGCGGGGAAGGCAUCACUUUGACGGGCGCUUCCAGAGUGGUCCUCCUCGGCGUCCACUGGAACCCAAGUGUUCAACGGCAAGCGGUCGCACGAGCCCAUCGCAUUGGUCAGAAGCGAACUGUACAUGUCUACCAGCUCAUCAGUGAUGCCCCAACCGAACUCAUCAAGUUCAAGAAGGCAUGUAUGAAACAGAAGUUAAAUGGCAUACUCACUGACAACUCAUUGGAUACUACAGUGCAACUGCGGGAUCGGGAUUCCCAAGUGGUUAAGAGAGAUGAUUUCAUUGAGGUUCUGCUGCAGAAAGGUCUCGUGGAUGUUCCGGACAUUCACUACAGAGUGGUAAGACCUCUCUCCAACUAGCGGCUGUCGUACCCCCUGGGAUGAUAGCAAACAAGGUCGGGAAGGGUAGGCUGCUGGCUUUGAGGUUGCAGCUCUGUGGCAAUAUAUCAAACAAGGUUGGCCAGCAAAUGUCUCUCAGCACAUAGGCACGGCUUAUGUAUCCCUCAGA